AUGCCCAGCUAUGCUAAAUUCUUGAAGGAGAUCCUGUCUAACAAAAGAAAGCUGGAAGAACAUGAGAUAGUCUGCCUGAACGAGGAGUGCAGUGCAAUUCUAUUGAAAAAGCUAUCUCCUAAACUAAAAGACCUAGGGAGUUUCACGAUAUCUUGCACAAUUAGUUCUAAUUAUUUUGAACAUUCUUUAUGCGAUUUAGGUGCCAGUGUUAAUUUAAUGCCUCUCUCUAUUUACAUGUCUCUUGGAUUGGGAAAAGCAAAAUCUACAACAAUCUCAUUGCAACUGGUUGACAGAUCAAUCAAACGAUCCAAGGGGAUUAUUGAAGAUGAGGAUUCAAACAUCCCUCUAAUCUUGGAAAGACCCUUCUUGGCUACUGGAAGAGCGCUAAUUAAUGUUUACGAUGGAAAGAUGAUUCUUCAGGUGGACAAUGAGCAAAUCAUAUUCAACAUGCUCAAAACGAUGAAACAUCCAUUGACAUCAGACACUUGUUGCCAAGUAGAUGUUCUUGAAGAACUUGUGGUAAAUACAUUUGAAACAGAGCAUCAGACAGUUCUUUGUGAAGUAGAAAUUGCACAAUCGGGAGCAAGAAGUGCAGAAAAAACUGAAUGUGUUAUCAACUUGGCCAAGCAACCAAUAGGAAGAAGACAUUGGCAAUAUGAAUAUCUUGGUGACAACCCUUCACCCCCAGUACCUUCAGUAGAAAAGGCACCCACUCUUAAACUAAAGCCCUUGCCUUUACACUCCGUUAUACAUAUUUGGGAGAAUCUACAACACUUUCGGUAA